UUAAUUUUUAUAUUGCCGUUAAUUGGCAUUAUGUACUCAAUUUUUUACCUUAUAUUUUACAAGAUUUACACUUUUUUUUCUAUUUACACCUUUUUUAGUGUAUUUUGAAACAUUUUCCAUAAAAUGGAUGUAUACGGGGAGAUUUUUAUUCUCGAGAAGAUACCACAGGCGGCGCCACGUUUGGACUACUUGAAUAUACGAUGCGGGGCGAGACUCAUUGCUAUACUUGGAAUUUUAUUCGGCGUCACAAUAUCAACAAUGUUACUAAUAAAGGACAGAAAAAACUUGACACCAGCCACGUUGAUAUUAGUCGUGUUCCUGUCAAUAUUUGUUAUCGUCACAAUCAUGUUUGUCUUGGCUUCUGUCCUGCUAUUAAUGGCUGCCUUAGAUGAGAAUCCCGACCUAAUGUCCUAUUACAUUUGGUUGAGUAUUGUGUACCUUUGUAUACAACUAGUGCUUGCUAUCAUAAUACCACUGCUGUUGAUAGUCGAGGGUCGGUAUCCACCAGUUAUUGCACUCAUAUGGAUGGUCAUCGUCAUGAUCGUGGGUCUAGGGUGGACGCAUUUUAUAUCUGUGGUCAGCUCAUACAGAUUGAGUCUUCUAAGUGCAAAUCAAUUUUAAUACACUAUACAUCGAA